AUGCGAAAAACUUCAACCACCUUGAAAGUUGAGAAAUCACAGUUGGGUUCUUUAUCAUGGAGGCAUAAUGGAAAACUUGUGGAUGGCGGGGAUCCUUAUUACACUUUUGUGACUCGAAGUAAAACCGAGCUACGAAUUUCUUAUGCUCAACCGGAGCUGGAGGGUUCAUACAAGGUUGUGCUUGAAGAUAGCAAAUGCGGCGAGUUGAGUGAAGAAAUUAAUGUGGAGAUAAUAGAAAUGAUUUUAUCGGUGAAUCCUGUUGCCGACGUCUGUGUUGGUGGAAAGGCUUCCUUCGAGAUCAAGAAAAACGGCGACCUACCAGGCCAAAUUUUUUGGACAUUUAGCCACCGAAAUCUGCCGAAAAAUGAGCAUUAUAAAGAGAAUGCGGACAAGACAGCUCUGGAUAUAAACAACGCUUUGCCUAUACAUGCUGGAAAAUACACUGUCAUCGUUGUUAAAGGAGGAAAAUGGAUGAUGGGUUCUACUUCGUUUGACUUGAUAGUUCGUGAUUCCUACCUAAAUGUUCUGGUCAGAAAUCCUUUUCUCGUGCAGUUCGGCCAUAACGCCAUCUUGAAAGUAGAGAGAUCAGAAUUGGGUACUUUAGUUUGGAAGCACAGUGGAAACUUGUUGUCCGGCCACGAACCCCAUUACACUUACCUGAAUCCACGAAAAACUGAGUUGGAAAUAUCUAAUGCAGGCCCGAGCCAAGCAGGAGUUUACAAGGUUUUCCUCAAGGAGGGUGGAUGUGAGAAACGUGAAGAGAUUCAAGUCUACACAGGGGACAUCAAAACUCUGCCGAUCAGCUCUCAUUCCGACAUCUGUGUUGGGGAAAAAGCUUCCUUUUCAGUGGAAGUUUACAACUAUUUUAAUGAUUUAGAUUUUCAAAUUAUUUGGAGAUAUAACAUGCUUGCUGAAGUACAGGAAAACGAGCAUUUUUCUCUGAAGGCCGAUAACAAAACCCUGGAUGUACGCAAUGCUUUACCUUCGCAUUCUGGAAACUACACCGCCUUUGCAGUUUUUAUGCAGAAUGGGUCACCUGUUGAGUCUGCACUUUCUUUUACAUCAUUUGAUCUAAGAGUCCGUGAUCUCUACCUAAAAGCUGCGGUCCGAAGUCCGCUUGUAGUGCAGUUCGGUAAUAACGCCAUUUUGAAAGUGCAGAAAUCAGUGUUAGGCACUUUAGUAUGGAAGCACAAUGGAAACCAGUUGUCCGGCCACGAACCUAAUUACGCUUACCUGAAUCCACGAAAAACUGAGUUGGAAAUAUCUAAUGCAGGCCCGAAGCAGGCAGGAGUUUACGAGGUUUUCCUCAAGGAGGGUGGAUGCGAGAAACGUGAAGAGAUUCAAGUCCAGACAGGGGAUAUCAAAAUUCGGCCAAUCAGCUCUCAUUCCGACAUCUGUGUUGGGGAAAACACUUCCUUUGCUGUGGAAUUUCACAACUAUUUUGAUGACCUAGAUUUCCAAGUGAUUUGGAAGUAUAACAUGAUUACUGAAGUACAGGGAAAAAAGCAUUUUUCUCUAAAGGCGGAUAACACAGUCCUGAAUGUACACAAUGCUUUACCUUCGCACUCUGGAAACUACACCGUCUUUGCUGUUCUAAUGCAGAAUGGGUCACCUGUUGAGUCUGUACUUUCUUUUACCUCAUUUGAUCUAAGAGUUCGUGAUCUCUACCUAAAAGCUGUGGUCCGAAGUCCGCUUGUAGUGCAGUUCGGUAAUAACGCCAUCUUGAAAGUAGAGAAAUCAGCGUUGGGCACUUUAGUAUGGAAGCACGAUGGAAACCUGUUGUCCGGUAAGGAACCUCAUUACGCUUACGUGAAUCCUCGAAAAACUGAGUUGGAAAUAUCUAAUGCAGGCCCGAAGCAGGCAGGAGUUUACAAGGUUUUCCUCAAGGAGGGUGGAUGUGAGAAACGUGAAGAGAUUCAAGUCCAGACAGGGGACAUCAAAAUUCGGCCGAUCAGCUCUCAUUCCGACAUCUGUGUUGGGGAAAAAGGGUCCUUUGCAGUGGAAGUUCACAACUAUUUUGAUGACCUAGAUUUCAAAGUGAUUUGGAAGUAUAACAUGAUUGCUGAAGUACAAAAAAACGAGCAUUUUUCUCUGAAGGCGGAUAACACAACCCUGGAUGUACACAAUGCUUUACCUUCGCACUCUGGAAACUACACUGUCUUUGCUGUUCUAAUGCAGAAUGGGUCACCUGUUAAGUCUGUACUUUCUUUUGCCUCAUUUGAUCUAAGAGUUCGUGAUCUCUACCUAAAAGUUCUGGUUCGAAGUCCACUUUUAGUGCAGUUGGGCAAACACGCCAUCUUGAAAGUGGAGAAAUCAGUUUUGGGCACCUUAUUUUGGAAGCAUAAUGGAAACCUGUUAUCCGGCGACAAACCUCAUUACGCUUUUGUGAAUCCACAAAAAACUGAAUUGGAAAUAUCUAAUGCAGGCCCGAAGCAGGCAGGACUUUACGAGGUUUUCCUCAAGGAGGGUGGAUGUGAGAAACGUGAAGAAAUUCAAGUCCAAACAGGGGAAAUCAAAACUCGGCCCAUCAGCUCUCAUUCCGACAUCUGUGUUGGGGAAAAAGCGUCCUUUGCCGUGGAAAUUAACAAUAAUUUUGAUGCCCUGGAUUACCAAGUUACUUGGAGAUAUAACAUGCUUGCUGAAAUACGGGAAAACGAGCAUUUUUCUCUAAAGGCGGAUAACACAGUCCUGGAUGUACACAAUGCCUUACCUUCGCACUCUGGAAACUACACCGCCUUUGCUGUUCUAAUGCAGAAUGGGUUCCCUGUCGAGUCUGUACUUUCCUUUACCUCAUUUGAUUUACGAGUUCGUGAUCUCUACCUAAAAGCUGUGGUCCGAAGUCCGCUUGUAGUACAGUUCGGUAAUAACGCCAUCUUGAAAGUGGAGAAAUCAGUGUUGGGCACUUUAGUAUGGAAGCACAAUGGAAACCUGUUGUCCGGUCACGAAACUCAUUACGCUUACCGGAAUCCUCUAAAAACUGAGUUGGAAAUAUCUAAUGCAGGCCCGAAGCAGGCAGGAGUUUACGAGGUUUUCCUUAAGGAGGGUGGAUGUGAGAAACGUGCAGAGAUUCAAGUCCAGACAGGCUUGUAUUCUUUCGUCAUUUGGCUCCUGAAUGUUAUGAUAGGUCGCCUACGUAAACAUAUACUUCCAAAUAUCCAGCCAUCGUUUAUUAUGCAUGCUGAUUAUCCUUAA